GGGGGGGGGAUAUGUUUGGUAAAAUGGUGUGAUAUAUAAGAAGAAGUCCUUUUAAAGCGUUCGUUGAGUCCGUCCUCCUCCUCCUGCUGUGUUCCUGAGAAGCUGCGCGCUAACAGUUUGUAAAGGUGGCGAAAAGCCGGCGUCUAGAUGAUCAGCUCGGUGUGUGUUUCGUCUUACCGGGGGCGCAAAUCUGUCAACAAACCCCCCUCCAAGUCAUGUCUGAAGGAGGACCUGGUCAGAGGGGAGGACGCCGACAAAGUCAUCAUCAACGUCGGCGGCACUCGGCAUGAAACCUACAAGAGCACCCUGAGGACCUUACCGGGGACCCGCCUGGCCUGGCUGGCUGACCCGGAGCCUCCGGUCAGCUCGGACUCCGCUCCGCCCGCCGAGAUUUUCUUCGACAGACACCCGGGAAUCUUCGCCUACGUGCUGAACUAUUACCGCACCGGGAAGCUGCACUGCCCCGCCGACGUCUGCGGGCCGCUCUUCGAGGACGAGCUGGCCUUCUGGGGGAUCGAUGAGACGGACGUGGAGCCGUGCUGCUGGAUGAAUUACCGCCAGCACCGGGACGCCGAAGAGGCCCUGGAGAGCUUUGAGCCGCCGGAGCCGGACGACGAUGACGGAGAGACGCCGAGGCGGUUCGGUUUCGAGGACUGUCCGGACAGAUCGAGAGGAUGCUUCCAAGUUUGGCAGCCAAAGAUCUGGGCCCUGUUCGAUGACCCCUACUCAUCCAAGGCGGCAAGGGGAGUGGCCUUUGCCUCUCUUUUUUUCAUCCUGGUGUCUAUCACCUCCUUCUGCCUGGAGACCCAUGAAGCCUUCAGUGACCUUCAGAACCGGACAGAGCACGUGGUCGUGGGCAAUGUCACAGAGGAGGAUGAGCAAUGGGAGAUGGUGACCAGCCCUGUGCUCAUGUUGGUGGAGGGCAUCUGUGUGAUCUGGUUCACCUUUGAAUUCCUGGUUCGCAUCAUCUGCUGCCCGGAUAAGGUGGCCUUCAUUAAGAGUACACUCAACAUCAUUGACUUUGUAGCCAUUUUGCCGUUCUACCUGGAAGUGGCCUUGAGCGGACUGACAUCCAAAGCUGCCCACAGCGUGCUAGGCUUCCUCCGCGUGGUGCGGUUUGUUCGGAUCUUCCGGAUCUUCAAGUUGACACGACACUUUGUCGGCCUUCGUGUGUUGGGUCACACACUGAAGGCCAGUGUUAAUGAGUUCCUCUUGCUUGUCAUAUUUUUGGCUCUGGGUGUGCUCAUCUUUGCCACCAUGGUUUACUAUGCUGAACGCAUCUGUGCACACCCCAGUGACCCUACUGGCUCCCGCCAUACACAGUUUAAGAACAUCCCCAUCAGUUUUUGGUGGGCAGUGGUCACCAUGACAACGUUGGGCUACGGAGACAUGUAUCCUGAAACAUGGCUGGGCAUGAUUGUGGGUGCGCUGUGUGCGGUGGCCGGGGUGCUGACAAUCGCCAUGCCCGUCCCUGUCAUUGUCAAUAAUUUUGGGAUGUACUACUCACUAGCUAUGGCCAAACAGAAGCUGCCAAAAAAGAAGAACAAGCACAACCCCAAACCAGACACUCCGAUUGACUGUUCCUCAUUUGCAAAGUCAGACACGAACACGCAUGGAGACAGCACUCUAAGUGACACGUGUCCUCUGGCUGCUGACGAGACCAUCAGCAGGAACCGCUCAGACUCCAAAGAGAACGUAGAUGCAAACAUGGAGGAAGGAUGCAGCCUGACUCAGCCGUUGUCCCCUAGUGACAAGUGGUCCCUGAAAUGUCCCCUGGGGCGCGACAAGGUGAAAAAAGAAGCCACCUGCUUACUUCUGGCAUCCAGUGACUUCUCAUUGUCUGGAGACUCGAAAGUCCGCACUGAGCUGUAAAGAAAUUCUGACUUCUGGAAAAUACACUAAGAGUUCACCACUCUGACCUGAUGCUGAUUGGCU